AUGGACUGGACGGGAUUGGAUUUUUACGCCUUUCCCCCUCCGGUUCUGCUUGGCAAGGUUCUGGCAAAGAUCAGACAGCAACCUUGUCGUGUCACGCUCGUAGCUCCGAGUUGGGCAGCUCAAGCCUGGUUUCCUCCGCUCCUGUCACUUUUAGUGCAGGAGCCGGUGCGGUUGCCGUUGAUACCCGAUCUGCUCAGUCAGAGACUGUCGGACAGAGUGGCAUCCAAAGCCGGAGGUUUUCCGACUUCAUGCGUGGCGGUUGUCGGGGUUUCCCUCCAAAACCGAGGCUUUUCUAAACGGGUUGCUGAGCUCGUCUCCUCUUCGAAGCGCCAGUCUACGGAGAGGGUCUACCAGUGUCACUGGCGCGCUUGGGUCAUGAGUGCAGGAUUAAGGAAAGGUCGACACACGUUUGACCGGUUUUAUUGCCGUGAUAUGGCUGUUGGUCCAGACGGAAUUCUGCGGAUUCAAUCAGUCAUUGCAGGGCAGCAAGUCGUUUCGGUCGACGUUUUUCUUAGACGAGCAUUUUUCAGCUCACUGGGGAAAAUCCAUUGUUUGGCAUAUGCUGAUCUCUUGCGAUAUGAAACUGAAGAAAAGGUAGAAAAGAAGUUUAUUGACUACAUAAAAGUUGCAAAUGCUAAAGAUUGUGACUACAAACUUGUAGUUCUGUGUUCAUCAGAAAAUGAGUUCCGAGCUCGCCUUGUAGCAGCUCUUGAUCAUCAUCGCUGUCAGCUGCCAAUAAUCAGAGUGAAGACCAUCAAAGACUACCUGACAGAGAAGUUCACAGCAGUCCGUGUUGAGAAGGAUAUAAAAUCUGCAUCUUAUAUUGAUUUCUCACAAUCUACAGUGCGUAUUGUGAAAUCCAAGAGAGCUGGCAUUGGAAAGACUCUGUAUAAGAAACGUAGAGUGGCAGAACUCCGAGAACUGAAUCCCAUGUUUAGAGAUAAAGACUUGUCAGUGUCUAUUCCUUUGUAUGAGAAGAACGUUGUGAUGUCACAGGUUGCUGACAAACUCUUGCCAUGCACACUGAAACCUGGACAAAUCUUUCCAAGGAUUUUUCAUUUGAACAUUUCAUAUGAGGUCCAGGAAGGUUUGGAUUAUCUUCUGUUCAACCUGUUGAUUUUGGGGAAAGUGUCAAAUGAAAGGGGACACAUCUGGCUCCGCUCUGCCAUGGAUCUUUACUUGGUUGAAAUUAUUCCCAUUUCAGAUGUCAGAGACCACAGAAAAACCAAUGCACGGUUGAUACAUCCCAUAUUUGAAAUUCUGCCACAUGUGACAUGUUGGUCUCCACAAGACAGUUUGCAGAUCCUGACUAACACAAGUAGAACUGAUGAUUAUGAGAAGAAUGACCUGCUGUUUGAUGUGGAGGAGUUCCGGAGUGUCGUAUAUCAGCGACCGUUCCAGUAUUUGUUCCGACAGGAAAGUAAAGCGAGUCUGAGUGAUAUCGAUCCUUUGACACCACAGGGAGACCCGGCCCAGUGUCUUAUCACUCUUCUCAGACACUGUGGGGUACCAGACCCCUCGUGGGCAGAGCUCCAUCACUUUGUGUGGUUCCUGAACACUCAGCUGUGUGACUUUGAGAGAUCAGUUUUCUGCUCUCCAGAAAUCCAAGAUGAUCUUCCCGGCUUCUCACUGUUUGUUCUCAAAUUUCUCAUCCAGAUGUCACGGGACUUUGCCACUCGGUCUCUGAACAUGAGUGAGGAAACUCCUGAAGAUGAACCAGAGGACUUAGAGGAUGAACCAGUGGAACAUGAAGAAGAUGUUUUAUCUCAGUUUCAGAUGAGACGAACCUGGGAAAGCAGCCCACAUCCAUACAUAUUUUUCAAUCCUGAUGGGCAAACAAUGACAUUCUUGGGGUUCAACAUCAAUAGACAUACUGGAGAUCUCAUAGAUCAGCAAACAGGGAAGGUGUUAGAGCGACGAAUAAUGCCACGGAAUCUUCAGACUUGUCUUCAUAGCAACAAAGUCCCUCUGAAUGAAAACUUUGAUCAGCUACAAAGGAUGGAACGUUUAGAGAAGCUCUACAGUGUGAUGGCUCCAGGAUUUGACUAUUACUAUGACCCAGAUCCAACAUACGAAUUGACUACAGACAAUGUCAAAAAAAUUCUGGCUAUCUACAUGAGAUUCAGAUGUAACAUCCCUGUGUUAAUCAUGGGUGAAACAGGAUGUGGGAAAACUAGACUGGUCAAGUUCCUGUGUUCCCUUCAGUGUCCUCCUGGAAUUGAGGUUGAAAACAUGGUCAUCAUGAAGGUCCAUGGUGGUACCACAGCUGAUGAUAUUAUCAAGAAAGUUCACAAAGCAGAACGGCUUGCUCAAGCCAAUGCAGAGAUCAAUGCACACAUGUACACCGUUCUGUUCUUUGACGAGGCCAACACAACAGAGUCGAUUGGUCUGAUCAAGGAAAUCAUGUGUGAUGGGACAAUGGAUGGUCGACCAUUACAGCUGUCUGACAAACUUAAAAUAGUGGCUGCAUGUAACCCCUACAGAAAACAUUCUGAUGAGCUGAUACAAAGACUUGAAAAAGCUGGUCUGGGUUACCAUGUUGAUGCAGAAAAAACAACAGACAGACUUGGUCGUGUUCCAAUGCGUCGACUUGUUUACCGGGUCCAGCCAUUGCCACAGAGCAUGCUGCCACUAGUCUGGGAUUUUGGACAACUGAACACGACGGUGGAAGAGCUGUACAUCAGACAAAUGGUCAAUCAUUAUGUUAACAGUGGCAUGCUACCACGAAUAUUAGGGCUUGUUCAAGUUGUCAGCUCAGUCUUGAUACAGUCACAAAGUUUUUUGAGGAAACAAGAGGAUGAGUGCAGUUUUGUGAGUCUGCGAGAUGUUGAACGAGUACUCAAGGUUAUGUCUUGGUUUUACCAACAAUCUCGGGACAACCGAACUCUGUUUAAAAUGAUGGAGGCUGAAGAAAUGGAGCUGGAUGAAGAAACUCAUCAAGAUGAAGAAAGUGAGAUUUCUGAUGAUGCGGAGGAGGAAGAGGAAAGAAAUGCAAGGUGGCCAGAUGAUUUGACUAAGUCACUUAUUUUGGCUCUUGGUGUAUGUUACCGAGCUGCUCUGAGAAAUAGGGAUGAGUAUGAUGACCAUGUAGUACGCUUUUUCCAAACUUCAUGCAGUCUUCCUGGUGGAGUGAGACAAUUUGUUGAUGUCAUCACAAGGUGUCAAGAUGUUUUCCUUGAAAAUGUCCAACUGGAGGAGAACAUAGCUAGAAACCGGGCUCUGAAGGAAAAUCUCUUCAUGAUGAUCAUCUGCAUAGAGUUACGCAUUCCCCUGUUUCUUGUGGGAAAGCCUGGCAGCUCCAAAUCCCUGGCCAAGACCAUCGUUUCAGAUGCAAUGCAAGGCAACACAGCUAGAGAACAACUCUUUAAAGAGUUGAAGCAAGCUCAGAUGGUGUCAUUCCAGUGUAGUCCUCUGUCAGUAGCAGAAGGCAUUCUGGGAACAUUCCGACAGUGUGCUCAGUUUCAGAAAGACAAGGACCUGGAUAGAUUCGUGUCCAUCGUGGUGCUCGAUGAGGUGGGAUUGGCUGAAGAUUCUGUGCGCAUGCCACUCAAGACACUGCACCCAUUGCUAGAAGAUGGAUGCCAUGGAGAUGAAACACCAGAACCCUACAAGAAGGUUGCCUUUAUUGGCAUUUCCAACUGGGCUCUAGACCCGGCCAAGAUGAACAGAGGAAUUCUUGUCCAGAGAGAGGUUCCUGAUGAGACAGAACUUCUGGAGUCAGCCAAAGGAAUAUGUGCAAGUAAUCCUGGUGUUCUUCAAAAUAUCAAAAGACUUUUACCCGAGUUCGCUGAUGCUUAUAAAGCAGUGUUUGAAACAAAUCUUCAGAAACGAGAAUUCUUUGGACUUAGAGAUUUUUAUAGUUUGGUGAAGAUGGUGUACGCAUUUGUUGCCAAACAAGAUCGACCUCUCUGUUGGCACCAGCUGGAACACUCUGUACUUAGAAACUUUGGAGGCCUGGAUACUGUGGAUCCUGUUAAAAUCUUUCAAAAAAAGAUUACAACAUUAUUUAAAGGGGAAGAGCGACAUGAAGAUGAUCCUGUCAACACUACAGCUGGUCUAAUAGAAGCAGCUCUGUUCGGAGAUGGUACUGGAAGCGAAAGUCGUUAUCUUCUGCUUUUGACUGAAAAUUAUGGAGCUCUUGGAAUACUUCAACAGAUGGUAGGCAAACACAAAGUCGUAACCAUAUUUGGAAGCAGUUUCCCAAAAGAUCAGGAAUACACACAGGUUUGCCGAAACAUUAACCGUAUCAAAGUGUGUAUGGAAACUGGACACACAGUGAUUUUGCUCAACCUUGAAAACCUGUAUGAGAGUCUGUAUGAUGCCUUAAAUCAGUAUUACUCUCGACUUGGUGGAGAACGAUUUGUUGACCUUGGCCUGGGUACACACCGUGUGAAGUGUCGAGUUCACAAAGACUUCAGACUGAUUGUUGUGGCAGAGAAGCAGAUUGUGUAUGAAAAGUUUCCAAUUCCUCUGAUAAAUCGGCUGGAAAAACAUUUCCUGAGACUGAACAACAUAAUGAAUGCUCGCCAGUCCCAGUUUGCAGAUGAACUUUACCUCUGGGCAAAUCAAUUUGUGACAAAAUUUAAAAUAGGGUACAACACAGAACAAACCAUGAACAUUGCUGAUGCUUUCAUGGGCUACCACCCAGACACCACUGCUGCCAUUGUUUUACACAUGUGGGAUGAAAAAGAUGGCCAUAUUGAUGAUCAUUUCUUGGAAGAUUGCAAGAAGAUGCUGUUGUGGAGUGCUACACCACAUUCUGUUCUACGUCUUGAAGAAACCCGACUGUUUAGUGAGAAAGACUGGGCUUUGCAUACAUAUUUUACAGAACAGCCUCAUGAUGAUAUUUGCAGUUACAUUAGGUACAAGCUUGACAAAUUUACAAGCAGCAAUUUAUAUGCUCAGGUGACAACCCAUUCAAAGCUUUUGACUGACCAGGAGAAAAAAGAGAUCAUGACUUGCUUUGGCUUGACAGAGAACAACAUUAUUCUUCUUACUCUCCAGUCUUUUGACACGGAACAGCAGUUCUGUCAACAAAUCAAAACCUUUGUUGAGAAGUCUGGCAGUGGAUUGAAAGUCAUGUUGAUACAGUGUGGGUCUGGAGACAAGAACAUGAGUUUGAUAAAGAGUGCCCAAUACUGUGUUGAGGAUGAACUGCUUCAUGAUGACCGGGAGUUUGCUGUGUUUUUCAUUGUCCAGCUGUCCAGUGUGGCUGGUGGAUGUUUUACAGGAUUUAUGGCUGGAAAGUGGCAUUCUCUGCACAUUGAUGAGUUACGACCUGAAGGAAACCUUCCGUCAGUUCAUCAGCUCCACAACAACACUCCUGCCAAUGUGCUGCAAGGUCGAGCUCCCCGUGAAGAACCCACCAGAGUUACUCCUAAUGAUACACAAAUAGGACCCUUAAACAUGGACUCCCAUCUUGCCAGAGAAGUCCAGCAACAUGAGGAAAUGGAAUUGACAGAAAAUAUUGUUGAUCAAGAAAAUGAGGACAGUGCUGCAGUUGAUUUGGACAAUAUUGUUCUUGAAGAGGUGCCUCAAGAGGAAGUAACUCCCAUGGAUGUUGAACAGCCUGAUACAAGUCUGCCUGCUUACUUCCAAAAUCUGAUUCUAAGAUGUAUCCAGUCUGCUGCUGCACUGGUCAAAGAUGAUGUGCAGGAUUCGAAGAGGUCCACAAAAAGAAUCGAGAUUCUGCUUCAUUUUCUGGAAGACUCAAAUUAUAAAAGUGAAGAACUGUCAUUUUUGGUGGGUCUAAGCAACAUGAUAAUCAGAUUGCUGGAAGAAAAAGAAGUUGAAGUAAGUGGACCUAUAGCUGCUGGUUGGCUUGCUAAGGAAGCUGCUAAGCCAGAUAAUGUGAAAAAAGCUGGAACGUUCAGACGAUCCUGGCUGCAGUGUCUUGAAAACAAGAUAAUUACAGUGUUAGCUGGAGUGGUGGCCUUCCUUGACACGAACAGGAAUUUGGACAUUAUAAGAGAAAUGCCGAAUGAUCACUGGGCUCACAUUCUGUGGUUGAGGAUUCUGCACAGUCCCUCUGCCUGUCAGCUCCACUACAAAGACUUGCUGUCCCCAGAAACUCACCAGGAGCUGGGUGAGAUAAUUCCAUACAACACUGGAGUACACGGAAUGCCUUUCACAGCAGAGCUGCCCUUCUCGUGGUUACUCCAACAGCUUAUUGAAAAUGCUCUCACUAAUGCUGAAUACAGUCAUCUGCAAGAAAGUGAAGAGACCACUGAGACAAAUGCAGUAUUGGCAUUUGUGAGUCCCCUCAUUCUUGAGACUUCUUAUGGAAAGCUUUUGAAUGCAGUUUCUGCAGAAAUACGAAGUAACCAGAAAAAUAUUAUCGUGGCCUAUGUUAAAGAUUUUGUGCACACAAAAUAUCUGUGUUCCAGUCAAGAUAAACAUCAGAUUUUGUGUGAAGCCUUGGAAAUCUCAUCCAGACAAGUGAGGAUGGACAUAACAAGUUUGGACUUGAUGCCAGCACUGGUUGCAGUACAUUGUACUCACUCUCUUGUGAUGGGCAGACUACAGGCCUUCCAGGACAUUGAGCAGGUCUGGCCACAAGUGCUGGAUGCUGUGUGUCAGAUGAGGGAACAAGGACGACAUGCUCUUAUUCGUACUGAAGAACUGACACUGGAUGUUUUGAGUCUGAUUCUGCUUCUGGAGCAGCUUGAACCACAGAAAGAACAACUGAAUAAGGAAAAGGGAAGAGCAGAAUGGCUGGAGAAAGUCAAAACAUUUUCACCAGUGAUUCAAAGAAUUAUUGACAAUGUUGAUAAUGUGGACCUAGAUCUUGGACCAGUGUCUUUGGAAUACAUACAAAUAGCUAGAUGUUUGUGGACAAGAGUGAUAACUAUGAAGCUGUUUUUGGAGAGUUUCUCAGCCAAGGGAUCUAAAGAGAAUAAGAAAAUAUCUGAAAACUUUAUUGCACGAUGCAUGCCUCUUUGGAAGUUGCUGGGAGCAAAGGCAGACCUGAAGACAAUUACAUCAUUGGACAAGGUUGAAGUAUUUCUAAAAAGUGUCAACAUGGGUGUUUUCAAAAAGGUGUCUGAAAAACUGGGAUCUUGUUCUCACUGUGAAAGUCCAUUUCAAGCCCCUCCCAUUAUGUUGCCAUGUAAGGACAAGAUUUGCAAUAAAUGUUACAAUGACUUGCAGGCUCUUGAUCAUCAGUGCUGUCCAAAGUGUCAUCAAGAUAUACCAGCCAAUUUUAAUGAUCAGAAAACACCAGCAGAGAAAAAUAUAUCAACAGAACAUCUAUGUUACACAAGUGAUAUAUCAGCAGAACAUCAGUUAUUCCAGCGGUGUUGUAACACCUUCCUCAUGUCAGUUGUUUCUAAUCUCUGCUUCGGAGGAAAUACGGCACCUGAGGAUGCUGUCAUUGAAAGGAUCCUGACUUACAUCACAAGGAAGACGUCAUCACAAGGACUCGGUGCCUCAGAAAGACUACAGACAAAGCAGAUGACAGUGUUUGAUGAUCUGGUUGAUCCCACUCCAGUGGUGAGAUCGUUUCUGCUGAAGCUGCUCAUUCACAAGAGUGGUGACCAUGUUCAGCAAUAUCUUGAGGACUUUCUCAAACAAGCUGAAAAACUUGGACAACAGACUCUGCACAACUCUGGCAUUCUCCAGUUUAUUCUUAUGGUCAUUCAGUGCCUUGAGGAUCAGCUUCAUGAAACUGCAGCUAUGAAAGAUUUUGACAGUGAGAUGAAGAUGGCAACUCAGUAUCUCAGUCUUGCAUAUCAGUACAUCGAGAGUGCAAAUAUUGAUAUGGCCAAAUUACAGACCAUUGCAAAUGCAAGAUUUGGUUUGAUGACUGUAGCCAAGUAUCUUCACAUGCUUGUAAUUGAAGAAUCAAUUAUGAAAUCAUCAGUAUUCACAAAAAUGCUCUCACAAGCCAGGGACUUGAUUGAAAUCGAAAAGUUUGAUUGGCCAAAGAAGUUUUUCAUCAAGCAAUUGUGCAGGGAAUUUGGAACAGACAGCUACCACAGAAUUUGUCAAUGGGGUAAAACACCAUGGCUUGCUAUAGAGGAGCCAACUGAAAAGGUGAAGGAAUGUCCAGACAGAUAUGUGGUUUGUUCUUUACACUAUCAGAAGAUUCGCGACAUGGUGGCCAAAACACUUCUCGGAGAAGAUGUGACUCACCUAGAAUCAAUCAUUAGUGAAAUGGUCAGUCCACUGAAUCAGAUGUAUCUGUUCCUAGCCAUCCACCGUGAAGUCACUUUGAAAUAUGUUCAACCUGAUGUCCAACAAGACCAAGCCUUGGCCAAAGCUGUGGAAAAUCUUGACACGUUUGCUGACAAUACAGAAAGUAUAAGCAAUAUUGAUCUGCACCAGCUGCUACAGAAUCGCUAUGGACAACAAACUCAUCUGCUGAACUUCCAGCCAGGACAAAGUCUGAGAGAUCAGAGCAUCCUCUGCAUGCUGUUUCACUUUUCUCUUGUUCUGAGAAACUGUCCGGAAAAGAAGAAUUUCUUACAUCCACUGAUUGCUAUGGCUAAAGAUCCAGCUCUUUUCACUGAUACACUCCUGCCAACAAUGCCACAAGAUGACACUAAAAAGAUGAAGGCAAUUAUAUUGGAAAGUGUAGUAAAGGAGGAUAGAAAUGCACAAGUGGUGGUGUAUCGCUGUCCCAACGGUCAUCCAUAUGUAAUUACUGAGUGUGGUAGGCCAUACACGGAAGGCAGGUGCAAUGAAUGUGGUUCAAAGAUAGGGGGAGUUAGUCACAAAGCAUUUGAGGGAAAUGUUCAAGAUUCAGGAAUUGAUCAAACAAAGACUGGUCAUAUUUUGGGUGAUGCUAACCAGAGACCAAACAUCUCACCAUCAGAACGUAAACUGAGUGGUCAAGCUUGUGCCUUACUCAGACUGCUUACACAUGCAGCUCUACUCCUUGGCUGUGAUAUCAACCUACAAGCUGUUUCAUUCAUGGUGCAGCCAACUGUACAAAAUGUGUGUCAGUUUUUCUGGGACCAUAUUCAGAAAGAUAUAGAACAACUUCAUAGAGGUCUGGGAAAGAGUGUGGAUGACAUUUUUCUGAUACUUCAUUUCAUCUUUCACCAAAUAUCUGACGAAACUCAAGGAGUUGCUACUCCAGAGAAUCCAGUGACUCUGUCAACAAAAGAGGAAAGAGAAGACUGGGAAGAACAUUUUUCCAGCACAUUUAUUUCUCCAUGCCUACAGGAUCUAGACAACUUGCUGCAAAUGCUGAAUGAUAAAAUUAUUAAGGACAAUAAGAUUUGGUAUAUAGGACAAGACAAACUGCUGAACAUCCUCUAUGAAGUUGAAACAACGGAUGUUGAAUCAAUAGAAAAUCUUCACAACAUUCCCGAUGUCUGGCGUUACCGCUCACGCAUCACCCUGGAUCAUUUUCUGAGAGAAUUCCAGCUUCAGAUGGAAAAUGCCAAGAAAAAAGAUUGCAAUCUGGUCUUGAGACUGUUUCAGUCAGAGAACUAUUAUCUUCAGGCUAUGCAGUACAUACCAAGUAUUCUGACUCUUCAGCGCCACUUGAUGUUGAGAUACCGACGCCGACUCGAUAGAGUUGAGGGUUACAGAAUGACCAUUAAAGAUGUUAUCAGAACUGAAAGUCACAGCUUCAACAUGCAAGAACUUUUUGAUGACUUUACUGCGGCUUGGGAAUGUGUCAAAGAAAAACUUUUGGAUUAUGGAUGUUGGAGUCUGCAUGGUGGACUAGUCAGACUUCCACAGGAAUUCAGGAAUGUAAAGAUAACACCUGACUCUCAGCUUGCCAUCCUGUUACCAUCGAUGAUUGGUCCAGGACUCUGUUCUUACAUUCUCUUGGAGUUCCUUCUCAGAAAACACAAUGAGUUUCUAGAUUGCUACUGUGUAAUUACCAAACAAAGUGGUGUUCCUGAGGUUCAAGUAAAAGACCUGAAGGCAAAUCAUCUUGUUUGUUACCAUCCAGACAAAGACCUGUUGCCAUUGGUGCUCGCCAACUGCAACUAUUCUUUCAAGCUUGGUGAGGGAACUAAAGUGGAGUAUGACUUUGAUGGUUUUGAACAUCAGCUUAAAGAAAGGUUGUUGCAAGCUAAAUCAAAAGUGCACCAGCAAAGUGGAAUUAUUCCUCUGGAAACCAUGUUGUACCGUGCAGACACAGGCAGUGCUGUUGUGUUUGAAACACUACGCAACAAAGUCAAGCAGGAAGCCCUGAGUCCAACUGUUCGGCUUCAGGUCAGUGCAGAACUUCGCGCCAGUCUCCCAGAUAUCUGUGAUUCAAUAGACAACCUUGACAUUGCUGUGUGUUUCCUCAAGUCUCUUGGAGAUGAUGGGUCACAGUCUCUACAACAAUUUAUGACUGACGUGCUUAAAAUGAAGCAAACUAUUGCAAGUCAGAAGGCUCGACAAGUGUGCAAAUUUAAGCAUGUUCAGAGUCUGUGGCUUUUUCUGAACUUGGAAAAAUCUCAAGUUCUUGCAGUACAUAACCAGGAUGCUUUUGACAACUUGGGUCCAGAUAUGAAGAAGAAGCUGUCUGAUACUCAAACAAACAGUCUAGUUUGGUUCUGCCGACAUCAAAUACUGAACAAGCUGGAAUUUGUCCUCCAGGAGAUCUUUGAUUGCAUUCUGCUGAGGAUUGCACAGCCACAAGCUCAUUACGAUGAAGAUACUAGAGACCAGAAAGAUAUGAGUUUACGGGACAUAAUGCAUGGUAACAUUGACAGUCCUCUAUAUGAUUUGGAUUCUGUUGAGAAAUCUGUUAUGGAAGACAUCACAGACUUCCCAGAUGACAUCAAAGGCAGUCAAGCAACAGAGGCUUGGCUCACAGUUUAUAAAGAAAUAGAGGUCAUAAGAAGACAAGCUCUAUAGAGAAUUUUCACACUUGUGUUUCAUUAACUUAGAAGACUGAUGGAAUAUAUCCUGUGAAGUAAUGUGUAUCCUGUGAAAUAGUGUGUAAUCUUGUGAUAAAAUGUGCAUCCUGUGAACUAUUUGUAUUCUGCAUCCUGUAAAAUAUUUGUAUUCUGUCAAAUGACAUGUUUUAUAUAAAAUAAUAUGUGUAUCCUAUGAAAUAUUAUAUAGUUUCUGUGAAAUAUGUGCAUUUCCUGU